AUGUCGAUCAUCGACAUCAAAUUUUCGAAAUUUGAUAAUACUCCUUGGGGUUUCCGGCUGGCCGGUGGAAGUGACUUUCCUCAGCCAUUGACAGUCAUCAGAGUCGUCGAAGGAAGUUUAGCAGAAUGUAUGGGUCUUAAGCUUGGCGAUGUAGUCGUAAGACUAAAUGAUCGUCCGGUUGCGAGUUUAACCCACGGUCAGGCUCAUGAGGCACUUAUGCUUGCUGGUAAUAAUUUUACAUUGGGUGUCAGCAGAAAACACGAAGCUACUGAAGUUGUUGAGAAUCUUCAGUCAGAUACCGUACCCUAUCGAAUACCUCUUGAAGAUCUGAAACCCUUAGAAGUUAUUCCGCUAGAAGAUCCGUGGGAGCUAGUGAGUAAAAAAUUAAACCAAGAAGAAAAAGAAGAACAGGGCGAUAAGGUGACCGAUGAGGAGGAGGCUAGCAAAGAAUUAGAAGAAUUGGAACAAUCGGUAGCUGAAAAACCCGUUGACGCCAACAGCGAAGUGGUACCAAAUAAAAAUUUAACUGACGAGGAAAUUGCUGAGUUGAUUGUCGAGGAAGAAGAGUUAUUGGACGUGGGUGAUCAAGGAGUGCUUGGAGUUAAUUUCAAGAAAUUACGUCCUCGUGCGCCCCUGCUAAAAGAAUCUAAAGUUCUCGAAGAACUCCAGACGAUUGCACUUGAAGAGCCACCACGUGUAAAAGAGCUGAAGCACAAGUCGACUUUUUUGCAAAAACCAGAGCGGCCUAUACCGACUAAAAAAAGUCUAAUUGAAGAGGUGGUGGUCGAUCAAAGUGAAUGCUACAGAGUUGUUAUUAAAAAACAGCCUAAAAAGAGCGUCACUGAGCGACUGUUGGAGAAAGGUCUGCUGGAUAAGGCGUCAGCGGAAGCUCUUAGGUCGGCGCCGUCUAAAUCUCCGACGCUAGAUCAAUCAUCACAACAAAAAACAACUUCUUCGGAGGAAGAGAAAACUCACCAUGUCGAGUCGAGCGAGAAUGAAACCCGGAGGGAGGAGUAUCAAUUGUCUGAGUCCCGUGAAAAUCUCUAUGAAGAAGAGUCUUGCGCAGAAAUUUGUAACGAGAAAGCUGAAUCCGUUGACAAUAUUGAAGAUCACACUGAAAGAUUGUCCACAAACCGGUGUGAAACGCCGGAUAUUAAAGUGCAAACACCUGAACCGAUUGUCGAGCCUAUCGUUUUUGAUCGUGAAAAAGUUAAAGAACUGGUCUCUACAGAAAUCAGCCUCGAGAAACAACUUGAGAAUGUUCAGAAUCAACUUCUGGCGUUGAAACAAUUACCCGCUGAAAUAGAAAACCAUCUUAAAGUUGUGUCUGAGCAAUUAUACAAAAUAAUGGAACUCAGUGGCGUUAAAAACGGCAAUCAGGAGUGCAAAGCGGAACCUGAGAAGCGUGAAGAGGAGAGAGCUGAAACUCCAGAGAGCUGUCACGAGGAAGAAGAAACUCAUUCAGAGGCUGAUAAAAACGACACUUCUAUCGCCGAAACAAUGUCAACAAUGAGCAACAAAGCGCCUUCUAUUAGUAUCGAGGAGGAAAUCGAGCCACCAGAAACUAAAGAAUUGGAGGUUACCAUAAAGAGCGAAGACAGAAGAGUCAAAAAAUGCAUCGCUUCAUAUGAGACUCGGGUGUUUCGAUCCACGCCAAGCCCAGCACCUUCCUAUGGGAGUUAUGAAGCCGACUCAAAUUUAUCGCCUAGGGAUCAAGUAAUACAAGAACUAAAGCAACGAGGCGGAAGAAAACGUUCAAAGGAUCUCUGGCCCCAGGCUAAGCAAUUAGAGCUCACUUACGGACGACGAUGGAGAUGUCCAAAUGAUUUCUUUAAUGAUGAAAUGAUCGCUGAAGUUUUAUCGGGACAAGCUGAAGUCAUUCGUGGUCGUGCUAUGGGAGUUAAUUUUAAAAAAUACGAGAAAUCAUGGCUGCCAAACUAUGACCACUUGAUGAAUUCAAGCGUUUAUAAAAUGCUGCACAAGAUGGAACGAGAACCCAGAACAGGAAUUCCAGCCCGGCCACCAAAAGUUGUCGCAGCUGAAGAUAUCAUUGAAAGAGUGCAUCCUAGUGUCGUGGACCGUGGUGCUGUGUGUGCUGUGGCCAGCCAACCACCUCCUAACAGUACCAACCGCGGUUGA